GGCGGGCGGCGCGAAGCGCGGACCCGCGGGGUGGUGACGAGCCUGAGGGGGCGGAGGCCGCCGCGGGGCACGAGCCGCGCCGCAGGUGACCCAGUGGGGGAGGAGGAGGGGUGGGGGGGGAGUGUAUAUACCGCAUCCCUGAUUCUGCCAGCGGGAGGCGAAAAAUAAAAACAAUUAAAAAACCCCCACAACCAAACCAACGCCGGGAGGACUACAGGCCCGUGUCCCCUCCCCCAACCCAGCAUGAGCAUCUCCCUCUCGGCCUCUGAGCACUGAGGAGGAGCCCGGCGCCGGCAGCCGGAGAUGCCCCAGGAGGCGGCUUAGGGAGCGCGGGCUCCGGACUGAGGAGCCCCAGGGCGGGCCUGGAGAUGGCGGCUCGGAGCGCCCCGAACUGCCACCUGCGGCUGGAGUGGGUGUACGGCUACCGCGGCCACCAGUGCCGCAACAACCUCUACUAUACGGCCGCCAAGGAGAUCGUCUACUUCGUGGCCGGGGUCGGCGUCGUGUACAGCCCCCGCGAGCAUCGGCAGAAGUUCUACCGGGGACACAGCGACGACAUCAUCAGCCUUGCAUUGCAUCCUGAACGAGUGUUGGUGGCAACUGGACAAGUUGGGAAAGAACCGUAUAUCUGUGUUUGGGACUCAUACACGGUGCAAACUGUAUCAGUGCUUAAGGAUAUUCAUACACAUGGCAUAGCUUGCUUAUCAUUCGACUUGGAAGGGCAACGCUUAGUAUCUGUUGGACUGGAUUCAAAAAAUGCAAUAUGUGUUUGGGAUUGGAAAAAAGGAAAAAUGUUAUCUAUGGCUCCUGGACAUACAGACAGAAUAUUUGAUAUUUCUUGGGACUUGUAUCAACCAAAUAAACUUGUCAGUUGUGGUGUAAAACAUAUUAAGUUCUGGAGUUUGUGUGGAAACUCUUUGACUCCAAAGCGAGGUGUCUUUGGUAAGGCCGGUGAUCUUCAGACAAUACUGUGCCUUGCCUGUGCAAGAGAGGAAUUAACAUAUUCUGGUGCCCUCAGUGGGGAUGUCUAUGUAUGGAAAGGAAUCAAUCUUAUACGUACAAUACAGGGAGCACAUACAGCAGGAAUUUUCAGUAUGAAUGCAUGUGAGGAAGGCUUUGCUACUGGUGGCAGAGAUGGUUGUAUUCGUCUCUGGGAUUUAACUUUUAAACCAAUUACUGUAAUUGAUCUCAGGGAAACAGACCAGGGAUACAAAGGUUUGUCUGUCAGGAGUGUUUGUUGGCGUGGAGAUCAUAUCCUAGUUGGAACACAAGAUAGUGAAAUUUUUGAAAUUGUGGUGCAUGAACGAAAUAAGCCUUUCCUCAUUAUGCAGGGACACUGUGAAGGUGAACUUUGGGCCUUGGCAGUGCACCCAACUAAGCCUCUGGCUAUGACUGGAAGUGAUGAUCGGUCUGUCAGGAUAUGGAGCCUAAUAGAUCAUGCAUUAAUAGCAAGAUGUAAUAUGGAGGAACCAAUUCGUUGUGCAGCUGUUAGUAUAGAUGGAAUUCAUCUUGCCCUUGGAAUGAAGGAUGGUUCUUUGACUGUACUUCGAGUAAGAUUCCACCAGAUAAUCUACUAUGAAAAGAAUAUUUACUCAUCAGUAGUACUGAGAGAGGACACAGUCAGAGUAAGAGGAGUGAAGCACGGGUGGAAUGUAAUAGCACUAAAGAAGGUUGAGGUGUCAGUGAGACAAGUCCAAAAUCAGGCAUGUGAAAGUAUCCCCUUCCUAAUUUGUCAUAUCAGAGAUAUGACAGAAGUCGUUCAUAUUAAAGAUAGAAAGGAAGCUAUUCAUGAAUUAAAAUAUUCACCAGAUGGAACUUUCCUUGCUGUUGGAUCAAAUGACAGCUCAGUUGAUAUUUAUGGAGUUGUCCAGCGGUACAAAAAAGUUGGAGAAUGUGUUGGAUCUCUUAGUUUCAUUACUCAUUUGGAUUGGUCUUCAGACAGUAGAUAUUUACAGACCAAUGAUGGAAGUGGAAAAAGACUAUUUUAUAGGAUGCCAAGUGGAAAAGAAGUGACAAAUAAAGAAGAAAUGAAAGGUGUUCAAUGGGCUUCAUGGACUUGUGUUUCAGGCCUUGAGGUUAAUGGAAUUUGGCCUAAGUAUUCUGAUAUCAAUGAUAUAAAUUCUGUAGAUGGAAAUUUUAUUGGCCAAGUUUUAGUUACAGCUGAUGACUAUGGAAUUAUAAAACUAUUCCGAUAUCCUUGUUUAAGAAAAGGAGCCAAGUUUAAAAAAUACAUUGGUCAUUCAGCUCAUAUAACCAAUGUUAGAUGGUCACAUGAUUAUCAGUGGGUUAUUUCUAUUGGUGGAGCAGAUCACUCUGUCUUUCAGUGGAAGUUUAUUCCCGAGAGAAAACUAAAGGAUUCCCUUCAUAUAGCACCACAAGAAAGUCUAGCUGACUCUAAUAGUGAUGAGUCAGAUUCAGAUCAGUCUGAUGUUCCAGAACUGGACUCUGAAAUUGAACAAGAGACUCAGAUCACAUAUCAUCGGCAGGUUUACAAAGAAGAUCUACCUCAACUUAAAGAGCAGUGCAGAGAGAAACACAAAAGUGCUACAUCUAAAAGAAGACUACAAGCCCCAGGACAGAGUAUACGGUUACAUUUUGUGCAUGGUUACAGAGGCUAUGAUUGUCGAAGUAAUCUAUUUUACACUCAGAUUGGUGAAAUUGUGUACCAUGUUGCAGCUGUGGGUGUGAUUUAUAAUCGACAACAGAAUACACAACGAUUUUAUCUGGGUCAUGAUGAUGACAUUCUCUGUCUGGCAAUUCAUCCUUUAAAAGACUAUGUGGCAACAGGCCAGGUAGGUAGGGAUCCUUCAAUACACAUAUGGGAUACAGAGACCACUAAACCAUUGUCAAUAUUAAAGGGCUAUCAUCAAUAUGGUAUUUGUGCUGUGGAUUUCUCAGCGGAUGGCAAACGUCUUGCAUCAGUUGGAAUAGAUGAUAGUCAUACUAUUGUGUUAUGGGACUGGAAGAAAGGCGAGAAACUCUCAGUUACAAGAGGAAAUAAAGAUAAGAUUUUUGUUGUGAAGAUGAACCCUUAUAUGCCUGAUAAAUUGAUUACGGCUGGUAUUAAACACAUGAAAUUUUGGCGGAGAGCAGGGGGAGGAUUGAUUGGGAGAAAAGGCUACAUCGGUCCCCUGGGGAAAAGUGAUACAAUGAUGUGUGCAGUGUAUGGUUGGACUGAAGAGAUGGCAUUCUCUGGAACUUCAACAGGAGAUGUGUGUAUCUGGAAAGACAUUUUUCUCAUAAAAACUGUCAAAGCACAUGAUGGACCAGUAUUCAGUAUGCAUGCUCUGGAAAAGGGCUUUGUAACUGGAGGAAAAGAUGGAGUAGUUGCUCUCUGGGAUGAUUCCUUUGAAAGGUGCCUCAAAACCUAUGCCAUCAAAAGAGCUUCUUUAGCUCCAGGAUCUAAAGGUCUUCUUUUGGAAGACAACCCUUCUAUACGUGCCAUAUCAUUAGGACACGGUCAUAUCUUAGUAGGCACAAAGAAUGGCGAAAUACUGGAGGUAGAUAAAAAUGGGCCAAUUACUCUGCUCGUUCAGGGACACAUGGAAGGAGAUGUGUGGGGUUUAGCUACCCAUCCUCAUUUGCCUAUUUGUGCAACUGUAAGUGAUGAUAAGACCUUAAGAAUAUGGGAUCUAUCUCCUAGCCAUUGUAUGUUAGCUGUCCGGAAACUGAAGAAGGGAGGAAGAUGUUGUUGUUUUUCUCCUGAUGGUAAAGCUUUAGCUGUAGGUCUCAACGAUGGAAGUUUUUUAAUGGUGAAUGCAGAUACCUUAGAAGAUCUUGUCUCCUUUCAUCACAGAAAGGAUGUUAUCUCAGAUAUUCGCUUUUCACCUGGUUCUGGAAAAUAUCUAGCCGUGGCAUCCUAUGACAGCUUUGUAGAUAUCUAUAAUGUCAUGAGUAGUAAGCGAGUAGGAAUCUGCAAAGGUGCUACCAGUUACAUAACACACAUUGACUGGGAUUUAAGAGGAAAACUUUUACAGAUCAAUACUGGUGCUAAAGAACAAUUAUUCUUUGAAGCUCCCCGGGGAAAAAAACAGAUUAUUCCUAGUCUAGAGGUAGAAAAAAUUAGUUGGGCAUCAUGGACAAGUGUUCUUGGUUCUUGUUGUGAGGGAAUUUGGCCAAUAAUUGGAGAAGUCACAGAUGUAACUGCCUCUUGUCUCACAAGUGACAAUGUCGUCUUAGCUACUGGUGAUGAUUUUGGAUUUGUGAAGUUAUUUAGAUAUCCUGCCAAAGGGAAAUUUGGAAAGUUUAAGAAAUAUGUAGCCCAUAGUACACAUGUCACAAAUGUUCGCUGGACUUAUGAUGACAGUUUAUUGGUCACAGUAGGAGGUCCAGACACAUCUCUUAUGGUUUGGACUUAUGAAAUGGAAGGUUAUCGAGAAAAAAGACCAUGUGAUAGUGAGGAAUCUGAUAUAGAAUCUGAGGAAGAUGGAGGAUAUGAUAGUGAUGUUAUGAGGGAGAAUGAGAUUACUUACACCAUCAGAGCCUUAUCAACAAAUAUCCGGCCAAUGUUUGGAAUCAAGCCUCAUUUACAGCAAAAAGAACCUACAAUGGAUGAAAGGCAAGGAGUAGUCAGGGGUUCCAGACCACCAGUUAGUAGGGCAUUACCCCAGCCUGAAAAACUUCAGACAAAUAAUGUUGGCAAAAAAAAGAGACCUAUUGAGGAUCUCGUGUUGGAACUUGUUUUUGGCUAUCGAGGCAAAGAUUGCAGGAACAAUGUUCACUAUUUGAAUGAUGGCAAUGAUAUAAUUUACCACACUGCAUCUGUUGGGAUCUUGCACAAUGUGGCAACAGGCUUUCAGAGUUUUUAUCAGGAACAUAAUGAUGACAUUCUAUGCCUUACUGUAAAUCAGCACCCCAAAUUUAUCAACGUAGUGGCAACUGGCCAAGUAGGAGACUCAGCAGACAUGUCAGCUACAGCUCCUUCUAUACACAUCUGGGAUGCAGUCAACAAGCAAACUUUGUCUAUCUUACGAUGUUACCAUUCAAAAGGUGUAUGUUCUGUUAGCUUUAGUGCUACUGGAAAACUGUUGCUGUCUGUGGGUCUGGACCCAGAACAUACCAUUACCAUUUGGAAGUGGCAAGAAGGUGCUAAAAUUGCCAGCAGAGCAGGUCACAACCAACGUAUUUUUGUGGCGGAAUUCAGACCAGAUUCAGAUUCUCAGUUUGUUUCAGUAGGAGUGAAACAUGUAAGAUUCUGGACCUUAGCUGGAAGAGCUCUUCUUAGUAAGAAAGGAUUGUUAAGUACAAUCGAAGAUACCCGGAUGCAGACAAUGCUAGCUGUAGCUUUUGGAGCAAAUAACUUGACAUUUACAGGUACCAUCAGUGGAGAUGUCUGUGUGUGGAAAGACCACGUUCUAUGUCGUGUUGUGGCGAAAGCUCAUAAUGGACCUGUCUUUGCGAUGUACACAACCCUUAGAGAUGGGCUUAUAGUCACUGGUGGCAAAGAAAGACCGUCAAAAGAAGGAGGAGCAGUUAAGCUUUGGGACCAGGAGCUAAGGCGCUGCCGUGCCUUCAGACUAGAGACGGGACAAAUUACAGAUUGUGUUCGCUCUGUGUGCAGAGGCAAAGGAAAGAUACUAGUUGGGACUAAGAAUGCUGAAAUAAUUGAAGUAGGAGAGAAAAAUGCAGUUUGUAAUAUUUUAGUUAAUGGUCAUAUGGAUGGACCAAUAUGGGGACUUGCAACACAUCCUUCAAGAGAUUUUUUCCUUUCCGCUGCAGAAGAUGGAACAGUAAGACUCUGGGAUAUUGCUGAUAAAAAGAUGCUAAAUAAAGUCAAUUUGGGUCAUGCUGCCCGUACUGUAUGCUAUAGCCCUGAAGGGGACAUGGUAGCUAUUGGUAUGAAAAAUGGAGAAUUUAUCAUUUUACUGGUAACUUCUCUAAAAAUAUGGGGAAAGAAAAGAGAUAGGAGAUGUGCCAUCCAAGACAUCAGGUUUAGUCCAGACUCCCGAUACUUGGCAGUGGGUUCUAGUGAGAAUGCUGUGGAUUUUUACGACCUAACAUUGGGUCCCACCCUUAAUAGAAUUAGCUACUGCAAAGACAUCCCAAGCUUUGUUAUUCAAAUGGACUUUUCUGCUGACAGCUGUUAUCUUCAGGUCUCCACUGGUUCAUAUAAACGGCAUGUCUAUGAAGUGCCUUCAGGAAAACAGCUGAUGGAUCAGGUUGCCAUUGACAGAAUAACUUGGGCUACAUGGACUAGCAUUCUAGGAGAUGAAGUAGUUGGAAUAUGGUCAAGACAUACUGAGAAAGCUGAUGUCAAUUGUGCCUGUGUAUCUCAUUCAGGAAUCAGCCUUGUAACUGGAGAUGACUUUGGCAUGGUCAAGCUAUUUGACUUUCCAUGUCCAGAAAAAUUUGCAAAACACAAGAGGUUCUUAGGACACUCUGCACAUUUGACCAAUAUUCGGUUUACAAGUGGGGAUCGACAUGUUGUCAGUGCCGGAGGAGAUGACUGCAGCUUAUUUGUCUGGAAAUGCAUGCAUAUGCCACACUGAAGGAAACUGGAAUGCUAGGAAGAUACUAUAUAAAAUUAUUCAAGAACACAAAAAGCAACAAAGCCUUUGCAUGAUCAAGAAAUGGUGCUAACUCCAAAAUGAAUCAAAUUGGGGAAAUGCCUAGAAUCUUAUCAGAAAGAUUAUUAAUCUAGUAUAUUUGCUGUGGUACCUAAUCAUGUUGGUAGUCCUGUUCACUGCCAGAUAUUCAAAAUAAUAUUCAGAUAAAUCAUAGAGUUGAAUGUGAUCUUCACAUAAGAUCAAGGAUUUUAUUUUAAACAAAAGUUAUUUUUUUUUCUGGGCUUUCAGUAUCAAAUUGGCAAUUUUGGUAUAAUCAGGAAUUUUUUUGGGGAGGAGGGGGGAGGUAGGUGAAAGACCUUUAUUCUUUAUAUUCCCACUUUUUUCUUUACCUUACCCAUUAUUCCUGUUCACCUUUUAGUUUCAUUUUCUUUAACUUUACUAUACAGUUAGAUAGAUAUUCUUUCCCACUCUUCUUUCCCCUGAAAACAAAAAGCAUUGGUUAUUAAGGAAAAUGAAGUUAUUUCAGAGUGUAACUUCUUCAUUUCAGCAAAUUGGUAGCAAACUAAAAAUCUGACAAUGGCUCACAUACAAUAAAUUUUCCCAGAGAAAAUUUGGUAUUAUUUAAAAACUUGUUUAUAAAAACUGAAAUCAUUGCAAAUUUCAGAACUAUCAUAUCUACAAUGAGUAAAUCAAUGCUUAGUAGUAAAUACACAUGAAACUGCUCUCAUAGACCAUUAGUAAUUUGAUUUUUGCCAUGACUUGGAAACAAAUUUUUUACUUUGUUAAUGCUGAAAAGUGUAACUCUUAAUUACUGUUUUAUGAAUAAAUCUAUUGCAAUUUUAACAUCAAAUUUUCAUAAUGAUAUAUUAUCACAGUCCCAAAAUGUUUGAGCUUUCAUCACCUUUUUCUAAGGUUCAGAAAUUAGUCAUAUAAACAAAGAACAUUUAGUACCCUAAAUAAACAGAAAAUUGGAGUGAUGAUUCUCACUUUAUUUGUGGGAUAAAUAAUACUAACAUAAUGAAAUAUUUUUAAAUUAAUAGAAAUUUUAGGCAGGAAUAAAACAACUGAAAGGCACCAUGUUUGAAAGCCAUGGCGAUUCAUGUUUUGGUAAGAUUUAGAUGGCAUUCAUCUGACAUUUCUUCCAAUCUUGGGACUAAUACUAUUUUAGUUGGACUUGUAAAAUAUUAUUCACACAGCAACUUUAUUUUUUAAAAUUAUGAAUGUGAAAUAAAUUCAUUGGUUUAUGAUAAAUACUUGGCAUAAAUUUAGUGUGAGGGAAUAUUGUUUUUUUCCCUAUUGGGAAGAUUCACACAAUCUUCUACAGACUGGUUUCCAGUGAUUUAAAAAAAAAAAAAAUACUAAAUCAAAUGAAUAUUGGAUCUGUUUCAAAAUUGAGCACAUUAAAAAAUUACUGCCUGGCUAAUUUAGACAAAUGAGUGAUAUACUUUAAAUUUUUCCAUUAUUUCUUGCUAAGGACAAAUAAUUUACACCAUUUUAUGUAUGAAAUUAAAGUCCAAUCCCAAUUUAGAAAAUCUGUGUAACAUCUAUUUAAAAUACCUAAAAAAAUCUAUUGUGGGCUAGCUGUCCCUUUUCCCUGCUCCUCCUCUCUCCCCAGUCCUUUAGAUACUUGGAUGUAGACUAUUACAUUAAGUCAUUGGAGUACAAUGUUUUAAACUGCUGCAAAAAACACACUGAUAUGUCCCAGUGGCUUAAUUUAAUAUGGCAUCCAGAUUUAUCUAACUGCUUUCAAAAUUAGCUCAAUGUAGAAAAACAAAAGUCAUUUGCUUUUAUGAACAAUGCAAAUAUUUGCUGUAUGUGGAAUUCUGAGAACAAUUAUUUAAUUAUAUGUCAAAUGCAGAUCAUUGUUCUCUAAGGCAAAAAACAUCAGAGGUAAAUAAUGUUAAGAUUCUCUAUUUGUAAGACAUGAAUAGUUAGAAAUUCUGAAUAGCAUUCCCAAAUACACAAGUUCAUUUGGAAAGAUAGAUGAAAUAUGUUCUCUCAUGUCCCCUAUUGAUAUAAACUCUAAUAUCAAUGGAUUCUCCCAAAUUCUGGAUAAAACUAGUUUUAGGAUUCAUUCAUUUUCUUAAUCUUUUAAGCAAUUCUCACUUAACAAAUUUCCCUAAUAAUAUAGCACUACACCCAAGAAGUAGUGAGAAGAAACUUCUCCUAAACUGCUCAGUGAGACAGUUCAUUUCAAAAACUUUUAAUGUUCAUUCAGCACAGAACUAGAUGUGCUUCCAAUUAGUGAUAUGCCAGUUAAGCAAUAGUAGAAUGUUAGACUAUGGAGUAAAUCAACUUUGUCCAACUGCUUAAUGCUUUUAAACAAUAGAUCUAUCUUAGUUUUACCUUUUAAAUAUAGAUAAGAAACAUAGCUGCAGUACUGAAAUCUUAAUGACUUUCUAAAUGAUGAAUUUUAACAGGAAUUUAUUUGGCAAAGUAUCAUAUAAAGUCAUUCAAUGUAUCAUAUAAAGUCAUUCAAUAUAAGACAGUACUGAGUAGCAUGCUCAAAUUUCUUCUAUGUAUCCCAGACAUUUUUAAAAAUUUGCACUGAAAAGAAAGGGGAGAUUUUCCCCUCUCAGGCAGUGCAUAGUCAGUCUCUAUUGGGAAUGAGCUAUUUUGGAAAAUCAGGUUAGGUGACUUCUUAAUUUACAUCUGUAAAAUUUGGCAGAUACUAGACAGCCUUAAUCCAAGUCUUCUUUAGUUAAAAUUUAAAACCACGUUGCUAAUUUUAUUUUCAAAAAUUAAUUGUGGGGAAGAUAAAAUGUUAGGUCACAUGGGAUAUACUGCCGUAUUUUAUGAAAAUCUUUUCCAGUUUCAUUUUUAAAACCCUGAAAAUUAUUUUUGCGUGCAUGACAUGAUUUAUUUGGUUAAUUUUAUCAACUUGAUUUGUAAUCUAUUACUUCUGUUACCUGUAAUUUCACUGGGUUUAUAAACACAAAAGCAUGCCAAAGCCUACUAUGCACUCUUUGUACCAAUCACUGUGCUAUUAUUGUCAAGACCAAAACCAUCUCCCUUGUUUGGUCCUCUGUUCUUGUUAAUUCUGGAUCAAACUUUAAAAAUUUCCCAGCAUUUGUUUUGUGUCAUUUCUUAUGUCAAAGAAACUGUAGUUAAAAGAACAAAGCAGUUAUAUUUUUAUGUAAGUGGCAAAAUGUUAUAGUUCAAGGACAAAAACAAUCAAUUUCUCACAUACUAGAAUGAUUUUUCUCCCCAGAGAAGUUCCAACAGCUGUUAACCUGUUCGGAUUCUUUUUGUUGUUGUUGUUUAAGUAUGAGUGGAGAUAAUCCUAUUAUAGUCUCAUUUUUCCUAAAUGGCAUUAGCCAUUUGAACCAAAUAUGUUUAUUCACUUUACUUUAUAAACAUUUUUUUGGGGGGGUGAGGGAAGGCCUUGUUUCUGCCAUUAAGUUUAGAUUAGUUUUAAUAAGAAUGUGAGAGAAGUAUCUUUUCCCCUAAACCAAACAGCUUUGUACUUUUGAGGAGAGGUGGAGGUGGUGGUACUGUAAAAACUCUGCAUAAAAAUGUAUUUGAAAUCUGCUUCUCUUUUCCUUUCCCUAUUAAUUAAAUCAUGCCUUUAGAAUCAGUGUAGCAAUUCUAACUUUUCUCCAUUUUGUGAAACAAGGAAGUUUCUAAAGGAGACUCUCUUCUAUUAAAUAGUAGCUUGUUCAUUCUCUAUAGGAUGAACCAAGCCAGUAUCUUAUGUACACACUCAAUAACUGGAAAAUUAGAUUGAGUUAAUAUGUAUUUUUUCUUGUUAACCUAAUUUAAGGAGGAAAAAUUUAACCCUUUUAAGUUAGCUCCUUGCCUUCUAUUCAUA